AUGGUAUCCACAUACUGCAACUGCUACGGGAUUUUGGCCUAUAUUCUUGGAGAGCUUCCAACAAAGUCAUUGCUCUCUCUAGUAUCAGUGUCACACCACUUCUUAGCCAAUGUUUCUCAGAUAUUACAAACUCGUCUACGGGCGAUUACAAAAAAGGAUACCCGGCUUGUCUUGCGCUGGUUUGCACCAAUGCAUGCGUUUAUUGACCCGGUAUACUUCUGUGAAUACAUCAGCACGGUUAAUUCCCAUUCCAGUCAGAAUCACACCAUCACAAAAGAACACUCAGACAGGUUGACAGGCUCUUAUUCACACUUCCGGAUCCAGUCCUCUUCUGACGGCUUCGUCUCUCCAUCAGGUGGGAGGUUUUCGUGGAGGGAUGUGGUCGGAUUUCUACAGGCUGACUUCUCAGGUGUUCUCAAACCAACUGGGAAAGAGGAAGAGAGUGAGCCUGUCAUUCUGGAGUGGUUUGAAUACUUCUGUCAAUUCUGUGUCAAACUGGACAUGGUAGGAGUGCGGAUGCCAGAUAAAUUCUCGUCUGUGUGCGAGAGACUGGAGGACCUUGUUGUCCGCCUUCCGAGAGUAUGGCUUCGCGAGCAGUCCGAAAGGUUGAGCUCCACAGUCGAGCCACCUGUGAUUGAAAAGGACGACCAAAUCGUGUGGAUUGACAACCAAAAAACAUUAGGGCUAAAGAUCAGGGUAGAGAAGAUAUCAGUUGAAGAGAAUCUUCCUGCCCAUUUUUCAAAUGGAGAGGAUCGUCUAGAGGCAUUUACUGUUCAUCUUGAAGGGCUUGCAACUGACUAG